CAUUCCCCAUAAAAACCAAUCCAUGUCAGCUUCAACCCCCACACUUUCCCACCUCAGGUUCUCGCCACCCAAACACCAACCCAGAUUGACAACCUAACCCCCCAAUGUAAAUCCCUACACAUUCCCAUAACCCCUUAACCUGCGCUAUGGUGUCCAUUACGCUGCUUUACCCAUCACGGUCACCUGAUCUCUACCAACCACCCUAAAAUUACACCAGAGCCCCACGAAACAAUGAUGGUUUCGAUUUUCAUGGCCCUUCUCCUACCGUGCGCCGGCACAGGCGUGGUGUUCGUACUCUACAUCUGCUUCUUAUGGUACACGACGAACCGCCUGAGUGAGCCACCGUUCUCGGUCAAGCCGGUGGCAAAGAACGGGCUGUCGGCGUCAGAGCUGGACAAGCUGCCCAAGGUGACCGGGAAAGAGCUGGUGUUGGGGACGGAGUGCGCUGUUUGUCUUGACGAGAUCGAGAGUCGGCAACCGGCAAGACUGAUUCCCGGUUGCCACCACGGGUUCCAUGUACAAUGUGCGGACACCUGGCUUUCUAAGCACCCGGUGUGUCCGGUCUGCAGGGCGGAGCUUGAGCCUAAUCUCUUCAAUGCCCCUGAAAAUCCAUGCUAAGAAGUUUGAAUUAAUUUUUUUUUUUUAUAAGUAUGCUAAGAAGUUUGAAUUAAUGUUAUUUGUUUUUUGUUAUUCAUUAAUUUUUGGUUGAUGAUAAUGUUUGAUCCCUAAUGCCUUUUCAUACACGAUGAUCUGAUUAU